GGCAACCUGUCUCCACGUGACACUUUCAAAACCUUCCCCUUUGUCUGAACUGCGGGUCGCUCCUUUGCGAUCGUCCGAGUCCGGCGGCGUCUUGCGCGCCCUGGAGUUGGUGGCGCGUGCGAAGCCGGUGCUUCCCUCCCCCACGACACGCUUCUGGCGCUGCUUUGCUUGCGAUCCCCCCACCUUCCUCGACCACCCCAAAUUGCGGUGGCCCCUCCGAUCCUUGCCUCUAGUAGGGAUCUACCGCUCCUCGUUCCCUCCCCCAAAGCUGCGGGCGCAUGAGAGGCGAUCUCUCCAAAAGGGACAGGAGCCCGGGGAUUUAGAAAGCCGCGCCUCGGGGGGGCCAUGGCCGGCCGCAGAGCAGUGCCCCCGUCGCUGUGGUCCGGGAACGAGCGGCUGAGGAUCGGGGAGCGCCUCCAAGCCAGCCUGGCCGGGAUCUUCGAGCUGGAUCUCCUGCGGGAGACACAAAGGGAGACGGUGGAACGCGCUCUGGAAGGGAGCCGGAGAGAUGGCGAGACGCAACAGGCGGACCAAAGCAGCCUGGGCGAUAACCGACUGCCCACCACCACUAAGCUGGACCGGAGCAAAUCUGAGGACCUGCUGGGGACCCCAAAGGAGCCUCGCACCUACAGCUCAUCAGAGAACAUUGAGGCAGACCCUGGGGUGCUCCAUGCUCACAUGGGGGACGGAUCAGAGAAGGGCUGCCUUGGCUUGCGGAUGGUCAGCGAGCAACUCCUUUCCUCCAAGAAAGCUGGAGUCAAUGGGGGAGAGACCCAAGAAAUCUUGGAGGCAGACUCCAGGCCCAGCUCAGGGUUUUACGAGACGAGUGAGAUGGGCUCCCUGUCUGAUUCCUGCGCCUCCGUCCACAGCGAUGGGCCUGGGGGUUCCCGCUGCAGCAUUGGCUCCCUCUCCCACUUGCCAGGCCUGCGGGAGGCCACCUUCUCCCGCCCGCGCUCUACCGACGAGGCUGCUGUCCGCCUCCUAGACCUCCAGCUGCAGCGUCUCACCUUGGCAAACACCUCUGGCGCGGACGGCAGGAGGCCUGUGUCGACAGGUGACCUUGAAUUCCUCUUGGGCCUUGGAGACUUGUCCCUCCCACUCCCAAAGAACCCAAGUCUCCAGCUGCUGCAGUACAAGUCGGACCUUGUCUCCCGGAACACCAACGAGAUCUACCACUACCCGAGCCCCUUGCAUGCCGUGGCUCUCCAGAGCCCCCUCUUCACCAGCAGCCUCUCCCAGAGCUCGUCUCAGGAGGAUCUGGAUGAGGGACCCCUGGAGCAGCCUGGCACCAGCUCCCCAAAGAGAGCGGCCGCGUGCUCCAAGGAGCAGCAGAGAGCCCGGUUGGACCAGUACGUGGCCAAAUUGGUGCUGCGUUACAAGUGCCGCUCCGCAGCCAGCAGGCCGGAGUCCGGAUACCUGGCGGGGAAUCAGAAGAGCUUGUCAAUGUCCUCCGUCUGCAGUUCUGUCCUGGGUGCCAGCCAGCUCCUGGCACCGGCGCCCGGGUGGAAGAUCCGGCGGCGCAUCUCUACCUGCUCGCAUCUGCGUUCUCCAGAAGGUUCCGAAGGGGCACGGGAUUCACGGGUUUUGGACAGCCAAGGGGAUUUUACUCCGUUUCUGGAGAUCGCCUCAGUCCAGUCCAGCACCACCAACCUUGUGAAGGCUACCGAGCCGUCGGUGGUGUCCCUGCCUGAUCCUCUCCCAUCGUAUCCGGAACCUUCCGUCAUCCCCUACCCAACUAAGCAACAUGGCGGAUCGGAGAGAGAGGUCCUGGGCUGGGUCAACGUGGCCCGUUGUCAUAUUGUCCAGGCCGAGGCUCCCUUCAGAAAGGAGGCCUCGUUGCCGCAGGCCGCUAUAAACUUUGACAGGCUGUACAAAGGCAAACAUGCCUCGCGGGAGUUGGUGAAAGCAGCCGAGAGGCAGGAGAAGCCGGCUGAGAGGAGCUGGCUGAGCCCCCGGGAACUGCUACGCAGGCUGAGCCUUCGCCGUAGGCCGUCUGCUCGCAUGGGGAGCAGGGCCCGCGCCAGCUCGGAAAUCAACGUCCAUGCGGCCACAGGGCUGGGUUGCCACAGCGACCCACAAGCCAGCAGAGGCAAAGCGGUCAAGCCAAAAUGGACAUCGGUCUUGGAGAUUUCCAGCAAAGCUCCCGGCCGGCAGCGGCUGAAAGCUGGCACCUUCCACCCGCCCCAAGUGCUGAACCGCCACCUUGCCUUUUCCUCUGACUCGCCAGCGUCGUUUUGCUUCCUGGGCAGCAGCCAUCUUGACCUGCCGCCUCGGCAGCGGGCUGGACUUGCCGGCGGCAGCCUUGGAGAGGUGGACGCCACAAGCGCCGUCAGCCUGAACGGAGACUGGAUCCUCCAUCAGCUCGGGGACAGGUGGCCCCGCACUGCGGCCACGUUGGACUCUGCCGACUUGCCAGUCCGCAGCUUCAAGCUCCGGCGCAGCCGCUCCUUCAAGGAGCUCAAGAAAAUGAUGUCACGCUCCUUCAAGGGGUCCAGGACCACCAAGUGACUCCUCCUUCCCCCAAAAAAGGGCUGUAAGAUGUGUUGGGUGGGUGAGUGGAGGAGGUAAAAAGUGAAGAAGCUUCUUAAGCAUUUUUGAGGCUUCUUGAUUGACCUUCCUAGACAAGCUUCCCCAUCCCCUUGGACAACGAGUUUUUUUCCGCACUCUUAUUGCUACGUACAUCCUUGAAUUUGGACAUUAACUCUUUAUGCCUCAGGAUUUCUCACUGACCUAAACAAGAACCAAAGAUGGACAUGGAACUCCAGGUCUCCUUCGAUAAUGUUUUCCUAAGAAUGGAUUGAGGGGCCUUGAAGCCGCCUCACCUAACACCGGUGGCUGGGACUGAUAGGGUGGCAGGUGGGGAGCCCCACAGUAGGUGGCGCCAGAGAGCCAGUGGCAGGCAGAACCAACACAUUCUAGUUUUGUCCCCAUGCCGCCUGCUGAGUUGUAAAAGGGGCAGCGCAGAGACUGAGGAAAAUGGCAGGCAGUGCCACCCCCUGGACUGAAUGUAACAAGGCAGGCGGGUAGGGGCUGGCUAGGGGCAGACUGAGGUUAGUGGGGCAGCAUUGCCUCCGCCCUCAUGUACCCGCUUCCACUGAAACCCUUGAGUUAUGGUAGUCUCGCAGCCUAGCCAAUAUGAGGGUCAGAGAUAUGCUGAAUCUUCUACCCCCAAUGUCCUUUAAAAGUUUUGCCUUGCCUUGGGUUCCCACCCACCACAAAUAUGGUAGGGGAAGCACGCAGAUCUCCAUAAGUAUUUUUAUUAUUAUUUUAGGAUCCAGGCCAUGCCUUAUAUCCCUGGGCAAUUACUGAGGUAUUUGAGGAGGAGGAGGGUGCUUUUCAUGGUUCCCCGUGGCUCAGACACAUGAUUCGUAUUGUGGUUCGACCACCCUCUCUCCCUGUUGAACUCCCAGCGCUUGGUGACAACUUUUUCUGUUUCAGCACACAGUUUGCGAGGGGGUUCCUCAGCCCCGUGAUUCUGUGGUUAAUUUUAACUUGCUUUAUGUUCUUAUCUCUCUUGUACAACGCUUAGAAAAGGCAGCAUGUAAAUUAUUUAAAUAAAUAAAAUGUGCAGCCUGUCCUGAGGAACCCACAGCCUGCCCAACAAAGUCAUUCCCUGACCACCAUCUGCCACCGUCCUGGAUUUUUCUUCUUGGCAGUUCGAAGCAGGUGGUGAAAACCAAAGAGGGGUUUGGCAGGGGUCCAUUGUGUGUCCCUGGUGGGGAGGGAGCUGUGUUAACAGGUUGCAAAUCGUGAUUUUGAAGUGGUAUUAAUUUGCCUUUUCUUCAAGGUUUUAUAUUGCCUUCCUUUUCCAGUAAGGGUAUAAUGCAGAGUUGUGGCACUUUGGAUGCCAAUGGACUACAGUUCUCGUAUCACUACCCAAUGUGGUGUCAUGGUUAGA